UGACGUCUAGGUAUGUUCCCUCACUAACGCUCAAACAUGCGAUUCUUACUGGUGGUAUCCGUACCUGCCAUUAGCUGAGGAUGCACGCACGUCCUUGCGUCUUGAACGUGCUGCGGGGUUCUCAACCGUAUGAUUUGACUGGGAGAUGCCUGGUGCUCUUAUUGGCUUAGAGCUUCGAAGCUCUCAGAGCUGGGUGUCUCGUCUGCCAUCCAUCUCUCUGUUGAUUCAUAUUCGCGCAUUUUCAUCUCAUUCGACAGCUUCAGCCCUGAACACACUGCAGAAGUCAUUUUGAGGAACUUUAAAACAUACAAAUAAAAAUAACAGCAUCUCUACCUCGGAAACGACCUAUCCUCUCCUCUCCUCACUCAUAUUCAACCCCUCUUUCCGCUUCCCGAGAUGGCUGCCGCCGUAGACAACUCCAACACGGAGCUCAGCAAGCAAUAUGACACCCCUCUCGGCCUGGCUCACUCGACGAUGCAGGCUUUGAAGGACAGGAUCAAGCUGCAUUACGAUCUCGCCAGUGACUAUUACCUGAGCCUCUGGGGCGAACACAUUCACCACGGCUACUGGGAAGACGGCUCCGAGACCAAGGAGCAAGCCCAAGUCAAGCUCAUUCAACUGCUGCUAAAACUUUCCAACGUAGGCGAGAACAGCAGAGUUCUCGACGUCGGCUGUGGCAUUGGCGGCACCUCCCGCUACCUUGCCUCAACGCUCGGUUGCUCAGUCACUGGCAUCACCAUCUCGACCAAGCAGGUCGAGAUCGCCAACCGACUAACCAAAGCAGAGGCGUCAAAGGAGUCGGAGAAGUCCGAGGCUGAGCCGGAUAGCGAUGGCUUCUUCCAUCUGGGCCGGGGUAAGGUCCGCUUCAUCGAGCUCGAUGCCGAGAAGAUGGGCGACUUCUUUGCCGCCGAAGGAGGCUCCUUUGAUGCGGUUUGGAUCAGCGAGGCCCUGAGCCACUUCCCCAACAAAGCAUUGUUCUUCGAGAACACAUUCAAGGUGCUCAAGGCUGGUGGCAAGUUGGCGCUGGCCGACUGGUUCAAGGCUGAGAGCCUCAGCGAGACGGACUUUGUCAACGACAUCAAACCGAUUGAAGAUGGUAUGCUUCUGCCACCUCUAUGUACCCAGCAGGGAUAUGUCGACCUCGCCAAAGGUGCCGGACUUUCCUCGGUUGCGGGGCCAAAGGAAAUUAGCAAAGACGUGAGCAGGACUUGGGACAUCACCUGGUCUCUCAUCCAGAACCCAUCUCUCUGGGCCUUCGCCUUCAGCCAGGGACGGGACGGCAUUGCUUUCUUGCAAUCCUUCCGCGCGAUGAGGCGCGGAUAUGCCAACGGAACCUUCCAGUAUGCGGUGAUGGCAUUCGAGAAACCAGAGAAGCGCACAGAGUGAGGGCUAUUACCCCAAUAACCAGUUACCGCUUCGUGCAAAGAAGACCAUGGUCUCGUAUAGAUCUCAGUUAUCAAACACGUACCGCAAAUAGACCAGCCAUUGACAAGAGUACUCCCGCGUUUAUGAAGCUUACCAUCUCGAAAUAUAAAGUCGAUAAUGCUAAAAGAGGUCAACCUUGUUGAAGAUUCCCAAACCAAACACGAUCCGCAUCUGCUUGGUGUUACUUGCUACUCACAGGGCCACUAGGCAUGUUUCAUUCAACACAAGAG